GGUUUGGUUCGGUUAGGUACGGUACGGUUCGGUUUUGCCAUAUUGAACAGCCCCAUGUGAAAAAAAAAAGAACAGCCCUAACCUGUGUAGAAGCAAAAAAACCCACAAAAGCAAAAAAAAAACACUCGCCCUUAUUAUUCCUUCCCUAUAAAUAAACUAGAAAUAAGUUUAGCCAGCCCCAGCCGUCAAGCAGACCAUCCCUUACUGCCCUCAAAGAUCGAUCCAAAAAGAAGCAAAAAAACCCACAAAAGCAAAAAAAGAAACACUCGCCACUGCCCUCAAAGAUCAAUCCAAAAAGGUAUGAACUUUAUCCAAAACUUUAGAUCUGGUUAAGGAACUUUUGAGCAUUUAGAUAAUCUUAAAUUUUGACUACUCUGUUUUGGACAUAUACUCCAGCUUGUUAUUGUGCGAACCAUCCACUGAUUCUUGUUAUUGUGAUUAAGAUUUCGAUUUGGAUAAUCUCAACUUUUGACUACUCUGUAUAGAUUUUGUUUUCUUUUUCUUUCUCCUCCUAAUUAUUAUUUUCAGAGAAAUGGCAAAUUUUCCCGUGGCCAGCCUCACUGAUCUGCCUCAGGAUCAUCUUCCCGUCGCCGUCCAAUUGGUCCUCGCAGAUUCCGUUAACCAAGCUCUAACGCCGGACCAGUGGCUCUUGUUGUUCAGGAAUGCAGAUGCUUUUGGGGCUCCGAUUAAUCCGUAUCGGAUCCCACCGGAUGCGGCUGGCUUGUGGCGGGUCGAUAACCCGCGCACAUUUGAUUACAAUGACUGGAUCGUAGGCAGCGAGAACGUAAACUUUACGGGGGACUUUGUGGAGGUCAACAAUCAGGUAGGGCAACUGUAUUUUCACGCCCGCUUAGCAGAGGGAAUCUUCUUUGACCUUCACGAUGGUAACUUCGUCAUGGACGCUGAGUUUGACGGUCCUAUGUUCAGACUCAUGCGACUUACUGUGAGAAAUCACCAGCCGUUCCUUCAGCUUGAGCGUACUAUCACAUUUGCCCACUACUGGUUCGAAAUGGCGUGAGAACUUUGUUAUGAACCCAUCUGUCUUAUCCCCUUUAAUGUUAUUAGCUAAAACGCUGUUUUGUUAUUAUGGUAUGUUAUGUUAUUAGCUAAAACCAUGUUUUGUUAUUAUGCUAACAUGUGUCUUUUCUUAUGAGUAUGAGUAAAACCUCUUUUGCGACUUAUAAAAUUUUAUAUUAUGCCAUCUUAUGUUCGCUGCUAGCUAAAACUAAGUUAUGAAUAUGAACCAUCAUCUAUCUUAUCCCCUUGUUAUCAAGUGUGUUAUUAAGUGUCAACACCUCGUGCCCUCUCACUAUCCCUCUCGCUAUCAUUACAAAAGAAUGGUUACUAGAUUAAUUACUACUACGUUAGGUAAUAACCCGCGCUUUACGCUAUAUGUGAUUAUUUGUUUCGUUAUUUUUAAUAAAAAAACAUUAAAUCUGUUAAAUCUGUUUUUUUUUAGUCUCCUAAAAUAUAGGGCUGAGCAUCAUUACUCCUUAAACUCGUUACUUGACUCGUACCCGUCUUGAAAAUUCAAGUACUCGGUAUUGUCAAGACAAGUAACAAGUCGACAAUUUUCAUUACUUCCAAAAUCAAGUCAAGCAUCAAGUAUUAUUUUUAGUACUUGACUCGUUUCACCCCGUUACUUACUCCAUUACUUGAUAUUUGUUACAUGAUCCAUUAAAUACUUGUUUAUAUUUGACUUUUCUUUUACUUGCAUUUAGAAUUGGACACAAAUACUCAUUAAUCUUCUUACACUUAUUACUUUUUUGUUUCAUAUAUGUCUUGGUUUUUAAAUAUUCGUCAUCUAGUCAAGUAUUAUAUAGUAACAAGUAUUAAAAAUUUAACUACAUGACUUGUUAUUACCCGUAACAGAAGACAUUUUUGUCAUCGUAAAAAUUAUACAAUGUUUAUAUAUUUAACUUAUUCAUAUUUUUUUUUAGUUUUCUUCUUUAUAAUAUGA